AUGUAUACCACCUAUACUUCCAGCAAAUCCGAAGAAACCCCAAUACCGGUGCCCAAGCGUAUGGCCUACCAACGCUCCAUAAGCUUCAACUCCAUGAGAUGCCAUGAUCCAGAACGAACUUCAUCCGAGACAGAAGCGCCACGGUCACUCUUAUGCGCCUACAAACCCUUACAUACCCCACGCAAUAUUGUGCACGCCACCAGUUCCGGUAUUCACGGCCGAACGGGAAUUCUGAGUAAUAGUGAUUCGCGUUGUGCUGACGAUAGUCAAGCUUGGUGGUUCUUUCUCCAGUUACUUACGAUAAGUGCUUAUGGCGGCGGACAUCUUGCCAAAACUUUGGCAAAAUUCGCCGAUCCGUCGGUGGCCUUGGCUAACUGCGAUUUCGUCGUUAUACCGAAAGCUCUCUUAAAUCCAGGGAAGCAUUUUGACUCCCGAACAAUCUUCGGUAUAAAGGCCACGCAGGCAACAAAGAACCCGCAUGCCAUCUUGGCCAUUAACCACGAUACCAAAGGCGCUAGCGUAUACACUUGGUCCUCUGAGUUGCAAUGGAUAAUUGUCGUUGCCAACUUCGCCGCGGCCAAGACGCAAGGCACUACUGUAUCCCUAGCAUUAGCUUGCUAA